GAGUGUCUACGAAUAUCACACGACUUUACCCGAACCGCCGCCAUAUUGUAAAUUUAUUGGAUUGUGAUUUCGUGUUGAGCUAGACUGUGAAUCAAUUUUCAGUGAAAUAUUCCUUGUGUUGUGAAUUUGGUGAAGUUAAAUUGCUGAUUAGGUUGUUGGCGUAGGGUGCACUGGUGCAUCCGCCAAACCAUGAGCUACCAGAUACCGCCGCCGUCGCAGAACCGCAACAUGUCGCACAGCAACUAUGCCGGGUCCGAUGUCCCGAUGGCUCCGAGCAAGGAGCAGCAGACGCUCAUGUGGCAACAGAACUCCUACCUUGUUGACUCUGGCAUUAACUCUGGGGCUGCCACUCAGGUGCCAUCACUCUCAGGCAAGGAAGAUGACGAGAUGGAAGGCGAUCAGCUCAUGUUCGAUCUGGACCAGGGCUUUGCUCAGGGGUUCACCCAGGAGCAAGUUGAAGACAUGAACCAGCAGCUCUCGCAGACCCGCUCGCAGCGCGUCCGUGCGGCCAUGUUCCCCGAGACGCUAGAAGAAGGCAUCGAGAUCCCGUCCACGCAGCUGGACCCCGCGCAGCCCACCGCCGUGCAGCGCCUCGCCGAGCCCUCGCAGAUGCUGAAGCAUGCCGUGGUCAACUUGAUUAACUAUCAGGAUGACGCUGAUUUGGCUACCAGGGCCAUCCCCGAGUUGAUCAAGCUGUUGAACGACGAGGACCAGGUGGUGGUCUCGCAGGCCGCCAUGAUGGUGCACCAGCUGUCCAAGAAGGAAGCUUCCCGCCACGCCAUCAUGAACUCGCCCCAAAUGGUCGCCGCUUUAGUCCGCGCCAUCUCUAACAGCAACGACUUGGAGACAACCAAAGGAGCUGUUGGGACUCUGCAUAACUUGUCCCACCACCGUCAGGGUCUGCUCGCCAUCUUCAAAAGCGGUGGCAUCCCCGCUUUGGUGAAACUGCUGAGCUCCCCAGUCGAAGCUGUGCUGUUCUACGCGGUGACAACCCUGCACAAUCUGCUGCUGCAUCAAGACGGAUCCAAGAUGGCUGUCCGCCUGGCCGGAGGGCUGCAGAAAAUGGUGGCCCUUCUCCAACGCAACAAUGUGAAGUUCCUGGCCAUCGUCACGGACUGCCUGCAGAUCCUGGCCUACGGGAACCAGGAGUCGAAGCUGAUCAUCCUGGCGUCGCAGGGACCGAUCGAGCUCGUCCGCAUCAUGCGCUCCUACGACUACGAGAAGUUGCUGUGGACCACAUCGAGGGUCUUGAAAGUCCUGUCGGUGUGCUCCAGCAACAAGCCAGCCAUCGUCGAAGCAGGUGGUAUGCAAGCAUUGGCCAUGCACCUCGGCAACCCGAGUGGCCGGCUCGUACAGAACUGCCUCUGGACUCUGAGGAAUCUGUCUGACGCUGCCACUAAGGUAGUGGAAGGUCUUGAGGCCCUGCUGUCGAGCCUGGUGCAGGUGCUGGCUUCUACUGACGUGAACAUCGUGACCUGCGCCGCCGGAAUACUGUCCAACUUGACGUGCAACAAUCAGCGUAAUAAGGUGACGGUGUGCCAAGCGGGCGGCGUGGACGCUCUAGUCCGCACAGUGGUGUCGGCCGGCGACCGCGAGGAGAUCACGGAGCCGGCCGUGUGCGCGCUGCGCCACCUCACGUCGCGCCACGUCGAGAGCGAGAUGGCGCAGAACGCCGUGCGUCUGCACUACGGGCUGCCUGUAAUAGUGAAGCUGCUGCAGCCGCCGUCCCGCUGGCCGCUGGUCAAGGCGGUGGUCGGGCUGGUCCGCAACCUGGCGCUGUGCCCGGCCAACCAUGCGCCACUGCGCGAGCAUGGCGCGGUUCAUCAUUUGGUCAGGCUGCUGAUGCGCGCGUUUAAUGAUACUCAGAGGCAACGCUCCUCAGUCUCCGGCGGGGGCACGGCCGCGCCGGGCGCCUACGCCGACGGCGUCCGCAUGGAGGAGAUCGUGGAGGGCGCGGUGGGCGCGCUGCACAUCCUCGCGCGCGAGAGCCUCAACCGCCAGCUCAUCCGCCAGCAGAGCGUCGUGCCCAUCUUCGUGCAGCUGCUGUUCAACGAGAUCGAGAAUAUACAGCGCGUGGCGGCCGGCGUGCUCUGCGAGCUGGCGGCCGACAAGGAGGGCGCGGAGAUGAUCGAGGCGGAGGGCGCCACCGCGCCGCUCACCGAGCUGCUGCACUCGCGCAAUGAAGGGGUCGCCACAUACGCGGCCGCAGUUCUCUUCCGCAUGUCCGAAGACAAGCCUCACGACUACAAGAAGCGUCUCUCUAUGGAGUUGACCAACUCUCUGUUCCGCGACGACCACCAGAUGUGGCCCAACGACCUGGCCAUGCAACCCGACUUACAGGAUAUGUUGGCGCCUGAGCAAGGGUACGAAGGGCUAUAUGGCACUCGACCGUCGUUUCAUCAACAAGGGUACGAUCAAAUACCGAUAGACUCGAUGCAGGGCUUAGAGAUCGGCAGCGGAUUCGGCAUGGACAUGGACAUCGGGGAGACGGAGGGCGCCGGCGCCGCGUCGGCCGACCUGGCCUUCCCGGAGCCUCCGCACGACAACAACAACGUCGCUGCCUGGUACGACACCGACCUGUAGGUUGGCAACACUGAUGCGGUGGCGUGUUCCGAACGCACGCUGUUUAAAAUUGGAACUGUCUACAAUGUUGUUUAUGCUGUGUCAAAUUUAGCAUGCGUCCUCUGACAGCUGUCAAAUCCGUUAAUUUGAUUGUCAUUUGUUAGUUUUCAAGGAAAAACAAACUUUAUUCACAUGGCAUAAAGAGCUGUCAAUCAAAAGUCGUAACUAGGGCUCAUGCUAUAUUUUGAUAAAUAUAAUUAAAUAAGUUCUAAUGCAAUGAGUUUAGAUUAGAUGGUAGUUGGAAGCAAAUUUAAAUUGUUGGCAGUUGUAAUUUUAAGGUGUGCUGAAGAAUCGGCCAGAUUGUUGGCUUCAGUUUGUAACCGUAUAGUACAACACCACGUUUAUUGCAGUCACAGUCGUGAGGCAUUGAAAUAUAAUGCACGAAGUAUUUGUGUUACUGAUACAUGCAGGUGAAAUAUAUGCAAUUAAUUACUGAUGCAUUAGUCAUAUCAAGAAUAUGGAAAUAACGGGGGCAAAACAUCUUCGCACGAUUGUGACUUGCAGUAAUUUAAAGAAACCAGAUUUUAUGUUUCUCUGUACAGUGAAAUAAAACAUUUGCUGAAACCAUAUCACUGUUGCAAACCAAGCUGGCGGUCGUACAUUGUAGCUUUAGUUUCAGAAUGUGUAUCCUACGACUAAAAUGUAAUUUAAAGGAAUGUUUGUUUGAAUAAAAAGAAAAUUAAUGCUUCUACACUUUGCUAAGCUAGACUUAGUAAAGAUGGGAAGUUUCAAAUUCCGCAAAUGGAUCGUAAGGAUUUAUAACGUACUUAUACAGUUUCAUGAAAUACAUAUUUACAGAACUGGUAAUAAAUACUGUGAUACAUAACGUGACAAAACUGGCUAACGUAAAUAAUAACAUGACAGAAGUUUGUGGAGUGAUUAGAACCUGUAUAGGUUCGUUUUUUACAAAUUCCCGUUGCCAUUAUAACCGCCUGACUAUUUUUCAAAAUCGUAUAGUUUUAUCAACGACUAGAAUUUCUAUUGGUGCUAUGUUUGAGAACAUAACAAAAAUAUUUACGAAAAUAUAUUCAAAAUGGAAAAGUGUAAGCCCUGUAUUGAUUAUAUCGGUCUUUUUAUACGAGCUCGUAUAAGAACGUAUAAUCGGAAAAUAGGGUAAACUUACUUUUAAGUAUGAUUUUAUAGGCUUUAAACAUAUGACAGUAUUCCGUAUAAUACUGCAUGAAUUGAUUGAAAUUUUAUGAGCAUUUAUAUCAGAUGUUUUUUAAAUAUCUUAUCGAGUGUCUGACUUUAGUUGUGAUUCUACUAAUAGUUUCCCUUUUGUUACAAUUUUUAAACUGGAACGUAAUUAUUAUUAUUAUUACUUUGAUAAGACUGUCGUUCGAUUGAGAUGGUUAUGACUGUUUGGUUUUAACGUACUACUUAUUAUCUAAUUAAUUUACAUAAUAAUUUUAUUUAAUCUUCGUUAAUUUACAUUAAUUAUGUUUUUGAUUUGAAAUAAAUGAUCGUGGCCAAACUUUAACUGGGUGAAUCGGAUAUUGAACGUAAUUUUGAUGAUUUAUUAUUUUAGGAUUAAGUUUAAAUAGUGUUGUUUGGGAGAUAUAUCCGAAUGUCUCCACCUUAGAUGUUAGGUAGGUAAUAUUGACCUUAAUUUUAUGUUUCUACGUAUUGGACUUACCGCCAUCUUACUCAGUGACUUCUAACAGACAAACUGCCGAUUUUACAACUGAUGGCGGCCUGCGGCCUAUUUCAUUUGAGUAAAGCUAUCUAAGUUUGAAUCUAAGUCUUGCCCAAUUGGAAAUCAGCCAAUCACAGCGUUCUGUGCAAUACUUGGGUUGUGCUUAACUUGACCUUCUCAGUUGUGAAACAGGCAGUAUGGCUCGGUUUCAGAAAGGGUAAUCAAGAUCUUAUUUUAUAAAACUAAACUAAACCUCAAUGGUGGAAACCGGCUCUAAUUACGUCUGGAUUUAUCCAUUACCUGUAGCGUACAAUAGAUUUCAUAUUUUAAUCCCAAUGUAUGGAAAAUGCACUCGAAAUUGUUCUACACGAAUUCUUAGCCGAAAAUGUAUCAAUUUUAGAGUAAUGUAAUCUUUGCUGUAAGUUUAGAGAUAAUUAAUUAUUAUUGUCCUCUAAAGGUCCUCAAAAAUUUUCUAUUUGGUAUUUGUAAUCAUGUUUAUCAAUGUUUUCACUAUGAGAUUAUUCCGUAAUGAAGACAAUGCUAAAAGUAUGACAUUUUGUGUCCAUUUAUGUAUGGAUAUGAGUAAUCAAAUAAAAUUUCAAAAAUAUA